UAACUGGAAUGAAUGACAAGAAAUCAAGUAGUGGCUGUGAAAUUAAGUGAUGAUUGAUUAACUCACUAAAAUUAGUGAUCACACUAAAACAACAUCUUUUUGUGCGGCGCUCAUUUCUGACAGUUUGUCUGACACCAAAAGGGAAAAAAGAGGAAAGGGGGAGACAGUCAAAAUGAUUAGAUCAGAUUAGAUCAAAAUAUCAUCUUUGAAGUGAUUUUUGUUAUAUAGAAUAGUUGAAUCCAUCAAUCAACCCAUUGGAUUGUUACUUGCCGUAUCGAAUUGUACAUAUACCGUUUUUUUUAGCCAAUUUCAUCAUCGUUCUUGACCAGUUUGAAUCAAGUUUUUUUUACAACAGCAUAGGGGUUCUUUCAAGAAAUAAAUGAAGUGAUAGUUAGAGUGUUUCAUCCAUCUCCCAAAUGUAUAAUACAUCAAAGGUCUCGCAUCAGCAUCAGCAUCAGCAUCACCAGCAUCAUCAUCAUCAACAUCAGAAGCAGAUCCAUCACCGUUCACAUACGUUCGCAGAAUCUGAAACUCCAUCUAAUCCACAAAUACCAAGUUCAUCAAAUGGAUUUUUACCGUUGGAUCAUCAACGGAAUGAAGUCAAAUACUAUUACACUAAGCUCAUCAAUGAAGAAUUCAGAAGUCUCCAACUUGAUAAGGAGUUGAACAAGAAGACUCUCUUUGAUCUCAUUGAUUAUUGUGAAAUGUUAUACGAAUCAGCAUCAUCAUCCAUAUCGAAAACUUCCAUCUCAUCAUCAUCUACCAAUGCAUUGAUUUCUCCAAAUGAUUUAAUCGGGGUUCAGGAUUAUAUAAAGGGGUUUUUAAUCUUUAAUUACUUUAUAAAUAGUUUCAUCAUGUUGCAUUUUAAAGGGUUUGAUACGUUUAUUAAAUCAAAUGAACAAGAUUUCAUCAUUUAUUUAAACGUUUUUGCAUUCUAUAAUACAGAUGAAUUAAUCAAUAAUGGUCCCUUUUCAAUAUCAUUAGCUGAUUUAAGACUGUUUAUAAAACAAUAUUUGGUAGAAAAGGAAUUAUUGAAAUUCAAUGUCGAUGAAUUAUAUAAUUGGUUAUAUGAAUAUAUCAACUAUUUAAAGGAAAAGGAUAGAAUAUUAACUGAAGAAAGUAAUUCAAAUAAAGAAGAUGAUUCAGAUUCUUCAUCUUCAAGUGAUAAUGAUGAACUUAAAUCUCAACAAUUACCAGAAGAUGAAAUCAUUAAUGGUAAAGAUUUACAAAAUUUACAAAUUCAAGUCCCAGCCGUUGAUGAUUAUUAUUAUAAAUCAGAUUCAUCAACCGUACCGCCAUCCAACAACGACAAUCAUUUCUAUGCAUCAGAUCCUAAAAAGAGUUUUAAUUUAAAUCCUUUAUUAUCCAGAAAUGAUUAUAAUAACACCAUAAGUAGUAAUGAUACUGGUAAUCUUGGUGAAACUGAUUCAUUAGUAGAAUUUAAAAAUAGAUUCCCAUCCAUGAGUAAAAUUGGUUCAAAUAAUAGUUCUAUAAAGGAAGAAACUAUCCCAGUAAAUAUGAAUCGUCAUCAUUUAGCAGUGGCUCCAAAUCUUGGUCCACCACCAAUUGCAUCGAAUGCUCCAUCACCUGUUCCAUCACCUGUACCACAAGUUGAUCCACCUCCAAUUCCUUUAACUCAAAAGGCUCAAACUUUACCAAUAAUGCAAAGUCCCCCACCUUUUAAUCAUCAAAAAUCAUUACCAGAAGUACCUUAUGCUUUAGAACCAAAUCGUUCAACUGAAGAUUUAUAUUUCCAAGAUCGAAUUAGUAAUAAUGCAAAUCAACGUUAUAAGAAUGGUUAUACUCGUCCUCCUUCAUCAUUACCAAGAGGACCAUUAGUGGCAGCUGCAGAACCUACCCAUGUUCAUGUCCAUUCUUCAAAUGGAUCAUCAUUUCAAAAUGGAAAUCUGUAUCCUUCUCAACCUCCACAAGCCCCUCCACCUCAAUUUAUACCCCCUGUUCAAUAUUAUGGAAAUGGACAAAUGAUGAUGCCUAAUGUUGUUUAUUAUGAUAACCAACAACAACAGCAGCAAAAAUUUAGUUUUAACCAUCAUCCUAAUAAUCCACAACAAGUUCCAGCAUAUACAUCUACAAUUAUACCUGAACAUGUAAGAUUGCAACAAAGUCAAAUCAAAUCACAAAAGCUUCAUUAUCUGAAGGAAUAUGCCGUAUGUGGAUUAAGAAAUUUUGGAUCAUCAUGUUAUAUUAAUCUGACAAUUCAAGUUAUGUUUGGAAUUUAUAAAUUUAAAUUAUUAUUUACUAAUGGAGAAUAUCAAAAAUUUAUCAAGAAUCCUAAAUAUUUACAAUUAAUGAAAAAUGCCAAAUCUAAUCCUCAUAGUAAGAGUUCUGUAUUAUUAUCAGAAGCAGUUAGUGGAUUAUUGAGAACUUUUGUUCAAAAUGGAAGUAAUUCAAUUGCUCCUACUAAAUUUAUUCGAGUUUCAUCAUUAUUAAAACCUGAUUUUAAUAUACCUUAUGAACAACAAGAUGCUCAAGAAUUCUUAUUAUUUGUAUUAGAUCGAUUACAUGAAGAAUUGGCCGAUAAACAAACGUUUGAUAAUCCAAUUGAAAUUGAAAAUUAUAUGAGGAAGUGGAAUAUUAAUAUCAAUAUGAAUGAUAAAGGUGAAUAUGUUAAAUGGUAUACUACAGUUUUAAAACAUGAAGGCAGUUCACCAAUUCAUGAUUUAUUCCAAGGUCAUUUACAAAAUAAAUUAAUUUGUAAUAAAUGUGGUUAUGAAUCUAUCAGUUAUUCUCAAUUUAGUAUUUUAUCCUUACCAAUUCCAAGAAGUAUUCAUGGAAAUGUGGUUAAUUUAUCUGACUGUUUGAAAUAUUAUACUGAAGAAGAAGUUUUAAGUGGUGAAAACGCCUGGAAUUGUCCAAAAUGUUCUAAAAAUGGUUCAACAACUGAUGAAGUUCCUACUGCUACUUUAGAUACUGGUAAAAGAAGUGGUAUUUUUAAAUUGGGUAAACGAAGUAAAUCUCCAUCAUCAAUAAAAUCAUCAGGUAAUGCAAGUACUCAUUCAUUAUCAAGUUCAAUUAAAACUUUAAAUUUCAUUAAAUUACCUCAAGUUUUAUUGAUUCAUUUAUCAAGAUUUUCAAUGUAUAAUUUAACUGAUAAAUUAGAAACAAGUAUUCAAUAUCCUUUAGUAUUGAAGUUUAAUAAUAAUGAUCAUGAGAUUGCUUAUAAAUUAACUGGAUUAAUUAAUCAUAAGGGUAAUUUAAAGAGUGGACAUUAUACUUCAUUAGUCAAUAAGUCCACUACCAAUCAAGCUUAUUCCAAUAAUUUUGAUAAUUUAAAACAUCCAUAUUGGUGUUUAUUUGAUGAUGAUAACGUGAGAUAUAAUUUACAACAUGGGAAUAUUAAUCAACCAAACUUUGAUCAAUUGAAAUCAAAGGAUGUUUAUGUGUUAUGUUAUGAACGUAUUUAGACUAUAUUUUAUUUCGAAUAUUAUAUUUACCUAUCUAUAUAUAUGAAUCUAUGAAUGAAUAUGACUUUUUAUUGUUCUUCUUCAUCAUCAUCGUCACUAUUAUCAAAUGGCGUUGAUGAUCGUAUUUUCGUUAUUGGCUUUUUCUGUAAUUUACUCUUAAGCGAUAAUUUUAUAGGUCCCACAUUGGUCGGUAAUGUUAUUGGAGGUUGAGAUUCUGGUUCUUGACUUUGUAAUUUACCUCUUUUGAUUUGUUCAUUGAUAAGUUUCAUAGAUAAUCCUUCAUCACUCUUUAAAGACUUUGAUGAUUUAUCUUGUUGAUUCUUUUCAUAAUCUGAUUUAUGAUCGAUUAAUCGUAUUGAUAAAUUAAACUCAUCAUCAUUACCUCCACUUGCAUUAUCACUUUCAACUCUGACUGAACCAGUCUGACCAAGAUGUUUGAUGAAUGAUGUCAAACUAUUCCAUUUCGUGGUAUUCAUAUGA